UUUCUUAAGGACACAAACAGAGCAUAAGGGAGAAAGAAGAACAAGAGAUGAAUUUUGUCAGUUUUAACAGAAGCAGAUGGAAGAAGAAGGCCUCAAAUAGGCCUUUAAUUUUCUCUAUUUCCCUCAUUCUUUUGGUCUUCUUCUUUUGCUCCAUUUCUUACACAAGAGGACCUUUCUCUGUCCUAACAAUUUCAAAUAAAACUCUUAAAUCUCAGUUACCCCAAUGCAGCAGAGAUACCCUUGGGGAGAAUUUUCUCUGGUUUGCUCCUCACAGUGGUUUCAGCAAUCAGCUGGCAGAGCUCAAGAAUGCCAUCUUAAUUGCAACUAUUCUGAAUCGAACCCUGAUUGUUCCCCCUAUUCUAGAUCAUCAUGCUGUUGCUUUGGGGAGUUGUCCCAAAUUUAGGGUUUCGGAACCAAAAGAACUUCGGAUGGCUGUUUGGAACCAUAUAAUUGAGCUUCUUCAGAGUCACAGGUAUGUUUCCAUGGGUGACAUUGUGGACCUUGCUUCCCUGGGUCCUUCCACGGUUAAAACUAUUGAUUUCAGGGUGUUUGCCUCAUUAUGGUGUGGAAUGAAUGUAGAUCUUUCUUGCUUUGAUGUGUUGAAGGUGGGAGACCCUUUCCUUGAUAACUUAAGAAAGUGUGGUUCACUGCUCUCCGGAAUGGAUGGCAAUAUAGAUAAGUGCGUUUAUGCAUUAGAUGAAGAUUGCAGAACUACAGUUUGGACUUACAAUGAAAAUGAUGAAAAUAAGGAGUUGGAUUCCUUCCAACCUGAUGAACAACUCCAGAAGAAGAAGAAAAUUUCCUACAUUAGGAGACGUAGAGAUGUAUACAAGACCCUUGGACCUGGGUCAGAAGCUGCAUCAGCCACUGUCUUAGCUUUUGGAAGUCUCUUCACUGCUCCAUACAAAGGUUCCCAGCUAUAUAUUGAUGUCCAUGAUGCACCAAGAGAUCAUAGAAUACAGUCUUUGCUUCAGAAGAUUGAAUUUCUUCCGUUUGUCCCUGAAAUUAUGAGUGCAGGAAAGCAGUUUGUGGUUGAGAGGAUAAAGGCCCCUUUCCUUUGUGCGCAGCUUAGAUUGUUGGAUGGGCAAUUCAAGAAUCACCAAAAGGCUACUUUUUCAGGGCUUAAGCAGAAAGUUGAAUCUCUAAGGCAGAAGAGUCCUCUCCCUGUCCAUAUUUUUGUAAUGACUGAUCUUCCACAAGCUGACUGGACAGGAAGCUACUUGGGGGACUUAGCAAGGGAUUCAGAUUCGUACAGGCUAUAUAAUCUGCAGGCAGGGAAUGAAUUGGUGCAACAGACUGCAGAGAAGCUCAUGGCUGCAGGACAUGGCAUGAGGUCUGGGUUUCUUGCCAGUCUUGGUAGAAGGAGUACAAUGAAGAACAAAUGUCCACACGGGAUAUUACCUGAUAUACUUCUAUACAUAGAGGAAACUAUUUGCAGCUGCGCUUCUCUUGGUUUCAUUGGGACUGCUGGAUCAACCAUUGCUGAAAAUAUACAGCUAAUGAGAAAAAAUGGCAUUUGCUCAGAUUCUGGGUCAUUCUGAAUUGUGAUCACUGAGUUUGGGUUUCAAGUUCAUUAAGUUGGGAUUGGUCUGCUCAAAGUCUUAUCAAUCCACAGUUCUUGGUUGGGUAUGCUAUAGCAGUGAGAGUUCCCGAAAAACUGAAAUUGGUUCACCAGGCCUCAAGAUUCCUGAAGCAUUAGUUCAUUGAUGCAUCUGUCCCACCACACAAGCUUGACACUUUGCACAUCUGAUGGAAUAGUCUCAAAUGGAGUAUCAUUCCCCUGGAUUUUGAUUAUAAACUCCAUGAGCACAUGCUGCAUACUCAAUUGAUGUUCUGGUGACUAGUAACAGCAGUAAAAUCCUUUCCUCCUUGUGGGUCCAAAACGGAAGAAACCAUUUCUUGAUUGGAAUACAUAUUUGAUUGAUCACAGGAA